AUGGAAAAACAAGAUAAGUAUGUUACCGACAGCAGGCUCGGCCUGUUCUCGACAGCAAGGCGCCACUGCCACCUUUCAAAGAAAACUCGGAUGCCGUCUAUUGUUUCCCUGGUCGUUUUUGUUGCGCUCUGCCUCGGGUACCUACGAUUUUCACACCCGCUCUUCCUCUCCGCUUGGGAGGAUGAUGACCUAGGACGGCUGGCCCGUCUGACCCGAUCUUACAGUCUUGAGACGGGUGUCCGAUGGAUGAAUCCAGAUGGCGGCCGGUGGAGGGUAAUGUUUGUCUGCAAUGGUCAGAGCCCUUGCCCAACAUUGUACGCCGAAGAGGGAGAUGUGAUUGAAAUAUCGGUUCGAAGCGACAUUUAUGCACAGUCAUCUAUUCACUUGACUGGCCCCUGGAACGAUGGCACAGCUGGCAUGUCGCAGUUCCCUACGCUACCAAGGGGUAACUGGACAACUGCAUACGAUACUACCGGAAACUGGGGCCUGAACUGGUACGCCGAGCACACCUCAUCGGCCUCAGUAGAUGGACUCUACGGUCUCGUCUAUAUUGCGCCCAGCCCAUCACGGCCGCGCCCCUACCAUUUGAUCACGAAUGACCGCCUCGAACUGCGACAGAUUGAAGAGGCCGAGCGUGCGAUCCAUCAUGCGGUGAUUCAGAACCACCAGCAUCGCGAUACCGUUUGGAAACUGCUUCGCAUGAGAGCGGAGGGGUCCGAGUACUACUGCUAUGAUUCAAUCCUAGUCAACGGUAAAGGCCGCGUUCACUGUCGCCAGCCCAACUUUGAAUACCUCAAUGGGAAGGCUCUUGAUGGUAAAGGAUGUAUACAGCCACCAGGUCUGCCAGACGAGUCUUGUUCGCCUACCAAUGCGGACUAUGAGGUCUUCGAGACGGGCGGUCAGGGCUACAUGAUGAUGAACCUGCUGAAUAACGGCUUCGAGCACUCAGUCAAAGUAUCCAUUGAUGGCCAUAGGAUAAUUGCCGUUGCCAACAACGGCGGGUUCGUCGUUCCUGAACAUACCGACGUCGUCUACAUACCGAGUGCCAGUCGAAUUACCGUCCUGGUGAAACUUGAUGCUGAACCGGGCGAUUAUGCCAUCCGAAUCUCGUCAACCAGUCAACUGCAAAACCUUCAGGGUUACUCGAUUUUGAGAUAUCCGGCCAAGCGUUUGCCCCGAUAUGGAGAGCCCAUGGAAUUCCCUGUACCUGCGUCGCCCAAGGACGUGUGUCUCCUCGCUGACGCCUCUACGAAGGCCCACUGCAAGACAACUGAGGGCCAAUUUCUUCCUCCUUAUCCUCCUCGGCCACCUCCUAUCGUUAGCAAGAGCCACAUAGGGCAUGUUGACUUUACUUUUCGCCUAUCAGCUGGUUCACAGCCGUCCAAAACAGAGCCCAAGGUGCCCGAAUAUUACCUGAACGAAAAGCCCUGGCAGCUAUUCCGUGGAGCCAUGACCCCUCUCCUCUUCCAUCAACUUGAUUCCAAUGGGACUUUGGAUAAGCCUAUCAUUAGCCAAUUGCCAGUUGGAUCCGUAGUUGAUCUCAUCAUAGAGAACGAGAUCAACGACACUAUCCCGCUGUACAAGCAUGGAGACCCGGCCUGGCUUCUCGGUUCCGGUUCCGGACAGCAUUUUCCUGGAGAAACAGUAGAAGAAGCGAUCCGUUCUCCGAAUAAUGCCCAUGGAUCUCUCAACCUGGAGAAUCCAGCGCUCGCUAUUGUGCAUGAUUUGCCACCUUUUGGAUGGAGUGUCCUCCGAUUCCAGGUCACGUCCAAAGCCGCAAAUCUGUUGCACACGGUGAAAAUCAGAUACUUUUUGGUACUUCACGUUUCCCGCACAUCUCUCUGCUUCUGA